AUGGCGCAACGUUUGCUGUUUAGGCACGGCUCCCUGGUGCGACCGGCGGCGGCCGCCGCGUGCGCGUGUGGGCUCGCACUGCAGCAGAGGUCAGAGCCAUCAAACUCGCUGUUUGCUUCGAAACCGAGCUUCGAUGCUGUCGAGCCCGAGAAGAAGCUAGCUCAGUACGAGAUGGGUGCAGAGCUGGGGCAGGGCGCGUUUGGGGUGGUCAAGAUUGCGACCAAGUCGGGAGUGCAGUACGCACUCAAGAUUGUGAAGAAGCGCUCCAAAUUGUGCGACGCGAUGGCAGAGAAGGAAGCGGAGCUCCUUCGCGCUGUCAGCCCUCACGACAACAUCGUUGGGCUCGUUGAUGCGUUUGAGCUGCCGACCGAGUACGCCUUCGUGAUGGACCUCGCGCGGGGCGGCGAGGCCUCCCGUGUGCAGGUCUUCGACCGUAUCUGUGACAACGGGCCCUUCUCCGAGCGUGCGGCUGCAGACGUGGUGCGCCAGGUGGCGCUCGCGCUCGACCACGCGAACAAGCGAGGGGUUUGCCACCGCGACAUCAAGCCAGAGAACCUGCUGCUUACGGACGGCUCGGACAAAGCCAACGUCAAGCUCUGCGACUUUGGCUGCGCUGCUUUCAUCCCAAAGGACCAGCCGGUGACUGGCCGCUGGGGCACUGCCGGGUACAUGGCGCCCGAGGUGAUCCGCGGCGAUGGCUACGGACCGGCGGUCGACUCCUUCUCUCUCGGCGCGCCCCUCCUCGCGCUCCUCGCUGUCCACUCCCGUGUGCUCCUGUUCAUCCUCCUCGGCGGCUACAACCCAUUCGACCCGGGCGGCGACUCUGCCGACCCUGUCAUCGAAAAGAGGGUCCUCAGUAAUCAGUGGGCGUUUGAUCCCGAAUGCUUCGGCAGCGUGUCAAAGGAGGCGAAAGACCUCAUCACCAAGCUGCUUUCAACCGCGCCCGAGAGGCGCCCCACCUCGAGCGACCUGUUGGCCAAUAAAUGGGUGAUGGGAAACGCGUCAGCAGCGCCG